CCGUCGCUUUCCCGGCACUGAAGCCAGAAGGCCUUCGUUGCAGCUCUCUUUCUCUCUUUCACCUGCUACCUUCCAAAAGAGAGACACCUCUCUCUCUCUCUCUCUCUCUCUCUCUCUCUCUCUCUCUCUCUCUCUCUGUGGCUCCGCCGGAAAUGGGCGCUGGAACCCUCACCUCGGGCGGCUUCCUGGCGGAGAAGACGGCCGUGCUUGGCCUCCCUGUCUACAUCCUCGUCGCGAUCGCAGCCGCUCUGCUGCUGGCUGGCGCCAUUCUCGCCUUUCUCUUCUUCCGUCGGCGGGCGGCGGCGUCGCGAGUGAAGCAUACGUCUGGCAUCAUCCCCUCGUCGACCAAGGAGAUCUCUGUCGAUCAGGCGGCGGGGGGCGGCGUGGGGGAGGUGGAGGUGGAGGAGGAGAAGAAGGGGUUGGUGGGGGUUAAUAAAGGGGAGAGGUUGCGAGGGUCGUCGUCGGGGGCGUCGUCGUCGGAGGCGGCGGAGAGGAUGGGGAACAUCGGGUGGGGGCGGUGGUACUCGCUGGCGGAGCUGGAGGCGGCGACAGGGGCGUUCAGCGCCGGGAAUGUGAUCGGCGAGGGGGGUUACGGCGUCGUCUACAAAGGAGUCUUGCCUGACCUCUCCGUCGUCGCCGUCAAAAAUCUUCUCAAUAACAAGGGUCAGGCAGAGAAGGAGUUCAAGGUGGAGGUAGAAGCCAUCGGAAAAGUACGGCAUAAGCACCUUGUGGGACUUGUUGGGUACUGUGCAGAAGGUGCUAAAAGGAUGCUUGUAUAUGAAUACAUUGAUAAUGGGAAUCUGGAUCGGUGGCUGCAUGGAGAUGUUGGCCCUGUCAGUCCGCUGACAUGGGAUAUCAGAAUGAAAAUAGCCAUUGGAACAGCGAAAGGAAUAGCAUAUUUGCAUGAAGGAUUAGAGCCCAAAGUUGUGCAUCGGGAUAUAAAGUCCAGCAACAUUCUUCUGGAUAAGCAUUGGAACCCUAAAGUAUCAGAUUUUGGAUUAGCUAAACUCUUGGGCUCUGGUUCUAGCUUUGUAACAACACGUGUAAUGGGAACAUUUGGUUAUGUGGCUCCUGAAUAUGCAUGCACAGGCAUGCUCAACGAAAGUAGCGAUGUGUACAGUUUUGGGGUUCUACUGAUGGAAUUAAUUUCAGGAAGAUGUCCCGUAGACUAUAGCAGACCACCCGGAGAGGUAAACUUGGUCGAAUGGUUUAAAGGAAUGGUAGGAAGUAGACGUGGAGAGGAGGUUGUAGAUCCAUUGAUGGAAGUUCAGCCUUCGCCAAGAGCCUUGAAGAGGGUAUUGCUGGUUUGCCUUCGAUGUGUAGAUUUAGAUGCUCAAAAGCGACCAAAGAUGGGGCAGAUUGUACACAUGCUUGAAGGAGAUGAGUUUCCUUUUCGCACGGAACACCGGUUGACACGAGAAAGAAUGCUGGAUGUAUCUAAUGCACCCACUGGACGUAUCCCACUUUUGUCUGAGAAGGUGAUAGCUGCUGAUUCAGAAAGGUCAAUGUGGAGAUGAGCCAGGUAGUCUGAUGCAAGAUCUAUCCAAUAAUUUGCUGAGCCAGGCAUCAUGUUCUGCUUCACUGGCCACUAUACUGUUAAAUCCUGCUUGCGAUCAGUGAUCAUCCAACAGUUCAUUCUUUGCAUGCGCAGUCAACAGAAUAGCAUCUGCGACACAGAUCAUUUGCUCUCCAAGCGGCCACAACUCCAGAAGUUCUAAAGCUCUAACUACCUGAAUUCCAGUUCCUGUAUAGCAUAUGCAUCAGUCAGCAUUCUUAGAGAUUAUUGUUUAUAGGGACAUCAACGCUAGGCAUGACUUGAGUGAGAUUCCAUUGUAAACUUCCUUUAUUGAUGCAUUCAUGACGGAUUAUCGCUAAUUUCAUUUGAGCUAUUGGUUAUGAUUAUAUCAUGUCAUUUUCUGCA